GAUUCGCAGAAAUGAAUCGGACUUCCUAAGAGGACCGUGGACUGGAGCGGAAGCUCAGAGUGUUGUCCUUCCUUCUGCCCGACUCUCAGGAUGAGGAUCGGUCACAGUUUGUCUGUAUGUCUCUGAUCAUAUCACACCAGCAGCUCCUCUCCCACCUCCCGAAUGCAGAAUUACAGGCAUGCCAAAGGAAAAAUAUGAUCCUCCAGAUCCACGCAGACUAUACACCAUCAUGUCAGCUGAGGAAGCGGCCAGUGGGAAGAAAUCACAUUGGACCGAGUUGGAGAUUUCUGGGCGGGUCAGAAGCCUGAGCAGUUCACUAUGGACGCUGACCCAUCUGACUGCUCUCCACAUCAACAACAACAACCUGAGCCGGAUUCCUCCUGAAAUCGCAAAGCUGCCCCAUCUCGUCUACCUGAAUCUGUCCUCCAACAAACUGCGCAGCCUGCCAGCAGAACUUGGCAACAUGGUGACUCUCAGGGAAUUGCUUUUGAACAACAAUUGUUUACGAGUUUUGCCUUAUGAACUUGGUCGGCUGUUCCAGUUGCAAACCCUCGGCCUCAAAGGUAAUCCAUUGUCCCAGGAUAUACUCAACCUGUAUCAGGAGCCUGACGGAACAAGGAAGUUAUUGAAUUACAUGCUUGACAAUCUUGCAGUCCACCCAGAACAACUCCCCCAAAGACCUUGGAUCACUUUGAGGGAGCGAGACCAGAUGAUGCCCACAGCUGUGUUCACAGUAAUGUGCUACAAUGUACUCUGUGACAAGUAUGCAACAAGGCAGUUGUACGGCUACUGUCCCUCGUGGGCUCUUAACUGGGAGUACAGGAAGAAGGGCAUCAUGGAGGAGAUCACUAACUGUGACGCUGACAUCAUCAGCCUGCAGGAGGUGGAAACAGAGCAGUACUACACUUUCUUUCUGGAAACACUGAAAGAGCGUGGAUAUGAUGGCUUUUUCUGUCCAAAGUCUCGUGCCAAACUUGUGUCAGAACAGGAGCGGAAACAUGUGGACGGCUGUGCUGUUUUCUUCAAGACUGAGAAAUUCGCUCUGGUGCAGAAACACACAGUGGAGUUCAAUCAGGUUGCCAUGGCAAAUUCAGAGGGCUCGGAGGUUAUGCUAAAUAGAGUCAUGACCAAAGAUAACAUCGGAGUAGCUGUCCUUUUGGAGGUGAAGAAAGACCUGUUUGCUAGUGGUUUAAAGCAGCCUCCAGAGAAACAGCAUCUGCUGGUAGCUAAUGCCCACAUGCACUGGGAUCCAGAAUACUCAGACGUGAAGCUCAUCCAGACCAUGAUGUUCCUGUCUGAGCUAAAAAGCAUUGCUGAGAGGGCCUCGGGAUCUAUCAGCUCUGCCUCUCCCACGUCAGACACCAGCUCCAUCCCUAUCGUCCUGUGUGCUGACCUAAACUCCCUCCCCGACUCUGGUGUGGUGGAAUAUCUGAGUAAUGGUGGAGUUGCGGAAAAUCACAAAGACUUUAAAGAACUGCGUUACAGCGAUUGUUUAACCAACUUCAGUUGCAACGGCAAAAACGGCAAGCCGGAUGGCAGUAUCACACACAGUUUCCAGCUGAAGAGUGCCUACGAGGGGAAUCUCAUGCCCUACACCAAUUACACUUAUGAUUUCAAGGGUGUGAUUGACUACAUCUUCUUCUCUAAGACACAUAUGAGUGUUUUGGGUGUUCUGGGUCCACUGGAGACUCAGUGGCUGAAGGACAACAACAUAACCGGCUGUCCACACCCGCACAUCCCCUCUGAUCACUUUUCCCUCCUGGCUCAGCUGGAGUACCACCCGCCUUUACCCCCCCUCAACGGGCUGCAUCUGCCUGUCCACAGCAGCACUGCCUGUGAAAGCAAGACACUUACAGAGUGAGCCAGCACCAGCAUCCAUCCCUGCACCGUUCCAUCCACUCAUCCAUUCAUCCACCCAUCCAUGUCUAUUCUUCACCAGAGAGACAUGAUGACUAAAGUGACCGUGAUCCAGUUAUAAUGUUGUUGUUAUUAAAAUGUGUCAUGGUCAGCAGUGCUUGCUUUGCAUUGUUUCCCUGGUUUAGUGGUAGCAGUAGUUUUGUUUUCUGAGACUUAUAUUAUGUUUGAAACAUAUCCGGUAGUCCUUACAGAAAUUCCCACUGAACCAACUGAAUAUAUUUCCAAAUAUAAUUGCUAAAUGGCCUGACUAGCCAGCUAUUUUAAUCCAGAUUGAUGAACACACAGGCCCGGUUUCACAGACAGGGCUUAGCAUAAGCCAAGGCUUAGGCCUUAGUUCAGUUAGGAUAUUUAAGUAUCUUUUAUAAAUAUACACUAGAAAAAAACCUUACUAGUGUGCAUCUUGAGACAAAACAAUGACACUGACAUAUUUUAAGUUGCUUUCAGUUAAAACAGCUCAAACAUGCAUUUUAGUCUAGGACUAUCUUAAGCCUUGUCUGUGAAACCGAGGGACAGUGUUUUAAAACUAGUAAUAAAUGCAUGUGGAAAAUCGUGUCAGUCUUUCAUUGAAUGUGGACUGAGGCACCAGGGAUUGAGGUCAGUCACAUGAUUGUAAUGUAAUGUAAAGCAUAAUUUUCCUAAUAAACUUCGGACAAUUAAUAGAAUUGGCAGGGGGAAAAAAGCAGUUUCCCAACAUGAUUAUGGUUUUAUCAAUGACUUUUCCCAAUGCCUCGACUGAGGAACAUACAUUUCUAAAUCUUUGGUCUAUGAACGCAUAUGGUUAUUAUAUGGAAAACAAAACUCAUCUUUAUUGUUGUUUUGCAACUGAAAAUGGUGCUGCAUGUGGCCCAUUUGUAAAACAAACUGAAAUUCCUGUCAUAGUGUCCUACCUUAAAGGCAAUAAAGAUGUCAUUUUAAAGUAGAA